UCUUGACGAACAAUAUUGACUAAAGACAACAGCUUAGAAAACUAUAUUUCCACUCAUCUGAGAUUCUCUGCCCAGGAGUUCUGGAAUCAGUCUACUACCAUGAUCUUAGAGGCAGUUAUUGAUUCAGAAUAAUAUAGAUUUCUAUAAGAAUAUACAUUUCACUGCAUCAAAGACAGAACUUUUUUACCAACAUUAGCAUUAGACUGAAAAUAAGAUAAUCGUACUUAUUAUUUGACACUAGUUUGAGCUUUUUAAGGAAGACCCGGUCAGAAUGUCCCGGCUGGACCCAGCCUGGGGGGUGGAGAGCAGCAGCAGCAUCAGGGAGUGGAGCAGGCAGGUCCAGCCUGCUCUGGUGGCCACCUUGGUGUUCCUCUCCUGUCUGGAAGCUUGUCUGUGGGUCAGGAACCUGCGUCUGAAGAGAAGGCUGCCAGGACCCUUCGCCUGGCCGCUGGUGGGAAACGCCAUGCAGCUGGGCCAGAUGCCCCACAUCACCUUCUCCAGACUGGCCAAGAAGUACGGGAACGUGUAUCAGAUACGGCUGGGCUGCAACAACAUCGUGGUCCUCAACGGAGACAAGGCAAUCAGACAGGCCCUGGUCCAACACAGCACAGAGUUUGCAGGCAGACCUAAGUUUAUAUCUUUUCAAUCUGUGUCUGGGGGCAGGAGUUUGACCUUCACUGACUACAGCAAACAGUGGAAGAUGCACCGACGGAUCACUCAGUCAACACUCAGAGCGUUUUCUUCUGCAAACAGUCAGACCAAGAAAGCCUUCGAGCAGCAUAUCAUGGCAGAGGCGAUGGAUCUGGUGCAGGUGUUUCUGAGGAUGAGCGCUGGUGGGAGCUACUGCGAUCCCUCUCGUGAAUUCACGGUAGCUGCCGCCAACGUCAUCUGUGCGCUGUGCUUCGGUAAACGUUACGGACACGAUGAUCUGGAGUUUAGGACCCUGCUGGGGAGGCUGGACAAGUUUGGAGAGACAGUGGGAGCUGGCAGCCUGGUGGACGUCAUGCCCUGGCUCCAGUCCUUCCCCAACCCCGUACGUAGCAUCUAUCAGAACUUCAAACACCUCAACGAGGAGUUUUUUUCCUUUGUGAAAAGCAAGGUGUCGCAGCACAGGGAGACGUUCGACCCUGAGGUGACGCGGGACAUGAGCGACGCCAUCAUCAACAUCAUCGAGCACGGGGAGCACAGCAGCCUGACCAAGGACUUUGUGGAGACGACUAUCACAGACCUCAUCGGAGCAGGGCAAGACACCAUGUCCACCUUUCUACAGUGGGUCAUGCUGCUUUUAAUCAAGUAUCCCGACAUCCAAGCCAAACUGCAGGACCAGGUGGACAAGGUGGUGGGCAGAGACCGGCUACCCACCAUAGAGGACAGGAGCAGCCUGGCCUACCUGGACGCCUUCAUCUAUGAGACCAUGCGCUACACCAGCUUCGUGCCUGUCACCAUCCCUCACUCCACCACCUCGGACGUCACCAUCGAAGGCCUGCACAUCCCUAAAGACACCGUGGUGUUCAUCAACCAGUGGUCCGUCAACCAUGACCCUCUCAAGUGGAAGGACCCUCACAUCUUCGACCCCUCACGCUUCCUGAACGACAACGGUGACCUGGACAAGGACCUGACCAGCGGUGUCAUGAUCUUCUCUGCAGGGAAGCGGAGGUGUAUCGGCGACCAGAUAGCAAAGGUGGAAAUCUUUUUGUUUUCGGCCAUUUUGUUACACCAGUGUAGCUUUGAGAGAAACCCGUGUGAACUCAACAGUCUGAAGUGCUCGUAUGGGCUCACACUCAAGCCCCUGAGAUACACCAUCUCAGCCCAGCUCAGAGGGAAGCUGCUGGGGCUCGUGCCCCCAGCGUGAGCCCUCCCACCACCCCGAGGACCAGCCACAGCUACACUCUUAUCCCUCCACCAAUGACAUUUAACAGUAAGUUGUUCUUUUUGCAAACCUGCACUGAAUGUUGUUAUUGUAUUUUAUAUUUAAUGAAUCCCUAAACACAGUCUGCAUGUUACCAUCCAUAUCAAUGCAGGGUUGAACACAAAGCUAAGCAGAGUGAUUGGUUUGAGAAGGAACCUUUUGAGGCCAAGGAGAUGUUGAAGAAGAGCAUUCUCAAAAUAUGAACUUGAUCAGCAUUUUAAAGAAAGUAUACCUUUUUCUUACAUUGUCCAUUGUGCGCUAAAUUUGUAUGCACUGUUUAGCAUGGUCAUGCGCAAAAUUAUAUGUUGGAAAUAUCCCUCAAAUGUCAAUUUAAACUAAUACCACAUUAUAGAGUAUAAGGUUGUGAGUGUUUGUGAAUGUUUAAGUUACACUUGAGUCCUCAGUCCAGAAGACUUUCUGUUGCCACUGUCGAGACAGUGAUAACAAUAUUUUAACCUUUGUUACAUAAAGCAGUUACAAUGUAUAUUUAUAGAUAUAUUGCAGGUAUGAAAUCAUAAAGUUGAUGUAAUCAUUUUCACUAUCUACUGUACUCACUGCAUAUGAGCACAUGAACCAUGAAUUGAGGGGCACAGACGCUGAAACCUGAGAAACCUUUAAAUAGGGAUUGCGUCAUGUAUUUCAAACUCACCAUCUGGAAUUAAGGUGUGGGAUUUCUUGUGUGGGAGAUGACCAAACCUAAUCAUGAAACUGAUUUGCCAAACGCAUGCUAUGUUGUACAAACACUGCCAGCAGCAGCUAUCCUAAGGCUGCUAUCCAAACUGUUUGUAAAUACAGUAAUACAUCAAAAUGGACUGAGUUUCCCUGUCAUGUGUUCUCAUAACUUUCUGUUUGUUUACAUAGCAAAGCUCUGAAAACUGGAUCCAUGUUGUCUUUACCAGAAGAUAAUUACAGUGCAGGAGUUGAUGAAGUCAUGUUUUUAAUUCUGUGCCUGUCUACAGCCAAGAAACUCAACUAUAGCAUGUAUGGAAUGUUCAGGCAUGGAUUCAUAACUGAAAAUAUCAAAAUGUAUAUCUUUGUUUUGUUUUAAAUUGUUGGAAAAUAAGCUACAUUUGAAAUCAAUAAAGAAACAAAAAAAAGAGAAAUUGAA